UCAUUGGCAGAAUAAGUAAGCAUGGAAGCAGAUAAAGCGACAGAAUAUCAACAGAUUGUCAUGACUUUUGCAUUUUAUGCUGUCUUUAUUCUUAGACAUCAGUCAUGCCACUGAAGAGUGCCCUAUUUUCCCGUACUACACCCAUGUGUGCAGUUAUGUGGAAGAGAGUUGUUUGGGAAGAGGGACAGAAGGGCAAUAUUGAUUCACGUCUGCUGUUAAAACCAACACGACAGAAGGGUGAACAGACUGUCUGCAUAUUCAGGUUGGAUCACACUGAAUAAUCUGACGUGUGAACUACAAACACCCCGAAGAAGGCCGUGGGGUUGAUAGGCAUUGGUGAUUUUUAAUGUCUAGCCCACUGAAUAAAGAUUGUUUUGGACUUUUUAAAUCAACUGCCUGGACGAAGGAUUUUUUCCUCCUUUUUUCUUUCUACAUUGCACCCUCCAAGAGCACCAGUUGAUUUUGAGGGAGACUCACACCGCUCUACCUACUCUUGUUGCAAUAUUACUGAUGGAAAGCGCAGGCUAUGAUCGAUUCACUUCAUCGGAUACAGAGAAUAUCCAUCACUCCCCCAAAGUGGUUCUUUUAAAAGGUGGACAGAACAAAUUGGCAUACAUCCUUUAUGGCUUGUUACUUCUCCUGCUCCUCAUCCUCAUGAUGAUCACAGGAAUUAAAUUCUCCCAGUUGAGCCAAGGUAUUGAGGAUGUUAAAAUUUAUCUCACAACUGUGAGGAGUUCCGCCACCACCAAGACCCACCACCACGAAGAAUUCACUGACUAUUAUAGUACGUAUGACCCAAGUGAAGACAUUGUCUCCAUACACCAAGGCAAUUGUGAUGAGGGCUGGUAUUCGUUCGAUGAGAGAUGCUACUAUGUGUCUGAUGACAUAGCCAACUGGGAAAGGGCACUGCAGCUGUGCAAGGAGAGCAAAGCACUGCUGUUUGUACCCAACAAUUUACAAGAGAUGGAGUUCAUUACACAUGCUGCAGAUGAAGAGCACAUGUACUGGAUCGGGCUGGAGGAGCAUGGGGUGGAGGGCAACUGGACUUUGGUUGAUGGGACAGAUUACAAGUCAAUGCCAAAAUAUUGGGACGUGGGUCAGCCGGAUGACUGGCACAUUCGCUUAAAUGGAGAGGACUGUGGCCAAUUACAUCCAACUAUCAAACAAGGCCUCCGGAGAUGGAAUGAUGCUGAGUGUACUCUCAGCUACCGUUACAUAUGUGAAAAGGCCUGAGAUGUUGUAGAGUGGAGGAUUCAAUGUACCACAUCACUGGUUGUGUAUAUCCAUCCAAACAAAGGUUUUUUUUUCUGUGAAGCUCAUAUCUGUAAAGCUCAUUUUUUCUCUCUCUCUAAAGCUCGUAUUGAUGAAUUGUAAUUACACUAAUAGUAGCCUACAUAAUGAUAACACUGAUCUUAAAAAUGAAAUGAAUAACGAAAACUGUGGAAAUGGCCAGAAUGGUUUGCAGGUUCAUGUCCUCUUGACCUUAUCAUAAGCCAUCCAACGCCCUUGACCUCAGCCUGUCAACAUCCCCUAUUUAAUAUAUAUAUAUAUUACAAAAUAAAAUAGAUUAACACACCUGUGA